AUGGAAAAUGCAGUAGCAAGUGGUAGUGGAGCACAGACUCAGUGCGCGCCAGAGCGAAAAUUAAACAAAACACCAAAAGCCAGUAUAAUAAAAAUGGCCAAAGUAAAAGGCGAAGAGUAUAUUAAUCAUAGAGGAAAACUUAUAGAAAAAUGCACUAUUGGAAAAAACUGCAGAGCAGAAGAAAAGCAAAGGUCAACGGACUAUCCAGACACCCUAAUUAAUUUAAUUAAGGACCACAUUAAGUCAUUCAAACCACGACAGUCUCAUUACUCAAGGCGCAAAAACCCUCUUCGUUUUUGCUUGCCGGAAGGUUUGACCAUAAAAGAUAUGCAUUCCAUGUUUCAAUCUGAAUACCUGAUUAAUAUACAUUAUAAAAUCUACUAUAAAAUAUUCACAACCAACUUUAAUUUAAAAUUUGGUUUUCCACGAUCUGAUACAUGUUCUCAAUGUCAUUCGUUCCAACAAAAACUUAGUUCUCCAGAAAUCAGCGAUGCCGAGAAAGUCCAAAUAACAAUGGUAAAGGAGCUUCAUUGA